AUGGAAAUUGUUUGGGAAGAUCCACAUUCAAUUUUAACAUGGAUACAAAAUUACAAGCCUGAAGAAGGAACAAAACCAGUGAUGCUUGUUGAGUCAUUUGGUGCUCAGUUUACCUUUUGUGCACGUGAAAAUACUAUAAAUACUCUCUGGAAUGGUGAUGUAGUUAAUAAUAAUGGAAUUCUAAAACGUUUUGAGCAUUUUUGCAAUGGUAAGCAUGAUCGAAAUUUACACCCAAUCCCAUUCCUUGGUUGUGGUCCUGGUACAGGAAAAAGUAGAUUUUUACAAGAGGUUGGUAACAUGAUUCUUGAAAAGGCUCAAUCAGAAGAGAAUGAUAAAAUCAUAUACAUACUAAAGAAUGCAGUUUACCUGAACAUUACAUAUGGAAAUGGUUUGGCAGCUUCAGAUUUUGAUGCAAGCAUUGGUGGGGAAGCUUCGUUAGCAUUGAGAAUUCUAUAUACUUAUUUUGUACAUGGCAACAAAGACAUUGACUACUACACAUUUAGAAACAUUGUUGGAAAACAAAAUGCAGAGCAGUUAAACUUGACUUCUGCUUUAAAUGCUAUUUAUAAAAGCAAGCAUGAAGGAGACAAAAAUAUGGAAAAACUUGCAAUUAUCAUUGGUAUUGAUGAAGUUAACAAAUUACAUGAACUUAACCAGGUUGUUUUUCGUUCUCUUGUAAAUAGUGUUGGUGCACAGAGUUGUAAUACAGGGUUGAUAUUUUUUGUUCCAAUCUUGGCAGGUACAGUUGAGGGUCCACUCCAAUCAAUAAUUACAAAAUCAAUGCAUCAAGCUGUUCAUCUUCCAUUAUAUUUGCUGGGUACAGAUGAUAUGUUGUUAAUAGCACAUAACCUUGGUUUUGAUGAUGACUAUGUAUACAAAAACAAUCUUUUCAGACGCAUUAUUGCUGAUAUAGGUGGUCAAGUGUGUGCUUUGGAGUUAUUUUAUGAAUCAAUUUCAGAACUCAAAGCCAAAAACAAAUUGGAAGAUGUUGAUUUAGUAGAAAUGAUGUACAGAAUUGAGUCAAAACUAUGGGAACGAUAUGAUUUUGAUAAUUUUGCAAAUAAGAUAACUCCAAUACUUGCAAAUGCAAUUCUAGAGAGAUCUGUUAAAAAGGAAGAUGGUUUUUUCAUGGAUAAUCAACAUGUAUCAUACAAAAUGUUGAGUUCUUCUGGAAUCUUGUCACUUGAACCAGUUGAUGAAAUCAAAAUGAAGUUUUAUAUACGUCUUCCAUACCUUUGGGUGUGUCUUUUGAUAAAAGCAACUGGUAAUCAAUCAAUUUAUAAAUUUUGGAAUUUGAUGAUCAACCCUGAAGAAAAUUUUUAUUGGGAGCAGUGGAAAAAAUUCAAUGUUAACUUCUGGGCCCUACGCAUGUGUUUACUUUCAGUUCUUGGAAACAAAACAAUAAGGUUAAAGGAACUACUAAAUGGUACACUGUAUUCAAGUGCAUUGAUAGAUGAUAUUGAUAUAGAGGUUCCUAAUUAUGAUUCGAUUCAAGUGCAUUAUCUUAAUAACCAAUACCCAUCAAAUGGACCCAUUCUUGAUCAUAAUGGUGUUGCAUGUGAAAUUUCACACCUUUAUUGUAACAAAAUUUAUAAAAAUGGUGAAGGUGCAGCUUGUGAUGGAUUUACUUUUCUAGUAGUCAAACAUAAACAAGAAAACAAGGCAAAAUUAUUAGCAUUGCAAAUGAAGUGGCGAAAUUUGGAAUCAGAAAAUGCACAAAAAAUUAAUGAUAAUAUGAUUAGGGAAGAAUGUAAAAAAGUUGAAAAGGUUGCAAAUAAAAUUGGUUUGGAUGACUGGCUGUUACUAAUUCUAUCAAAUUGUUCAGGUUUAUUUAAUUUAGCAAACUUACAUCCAAGAUGUGCAAUUGUCAACAAAGACAAUUUUGCCAAGUUCUAUGGAAAUAUAUAUUCAUCACGGGCCCAAUUUGCUGCUGCUCAUGACAAAGUUUGCAUUAAUUCAGCACAUUUUUGGGAGUUGAGGGUUAUAGAUGGAGUAGGAAAAUCUAUUGCAAAAGAUAUUAUUGAAGAACGUACUAAGAGAAGAUUCAAUGAUGUUAAUGAUCUGUGUGAACGU